CCUGUCCUCCUCAUCCCCUCUCCCAGUCCCUCUCUCCAUCUUCCCAGUCCCCCCAGUCCCUCUCCCCGCUCUCCUAGUCCUUCUCCCCAUCCUUCCAUUCCCCCAACCUAA